AUGCUAGCCUCUAGGAGAAAGCCUCAGGAUAGAAAGAGUGGAGCCCCUAGCAGAUUCACAAAAGAUAAAAUUGAGAAAGUUAACAAUAAAGGGUCAAGUGAGAAGCCACGUUUGGUUAGAUGUCAUGAGUGUCAAGGAAUAGGUCACUAUAGGAAUGAGUGUCCUAGCUAUAAGAAAAAUCAAAGAAAAUGGAAAGAUAGGGCCUUAGUUAUCUCACUUACUGAUAAUGAAUCUGAGAUCAGUGAUAGGCAGGAAUCCUCUAGUAGUGAUGAUGAAGGAAAUUAUAUGGCAUUUGUGGCUACUGUUAAGAGUGAAUCUGAUAAGGAAAGUGACAAGGUUGAGGAAGAACAUUCAAACGAUAAUUCUGGUAAUGAGGAUGAGGAUGAGGAUGACAUAGACUUACAAGAAGCUUAUCAACUGUUGUUUAAGGAAAGUCUUAAAAUAAAGAAGGUCAAUAAAGCCCUACUUAAAAAGGUUGACGAACUUGAAAGGGAAAAAGAGAAACUGGGUAGUAAGCUUCAGGAUUCACUUAAGAGUGGUAGUGAGUUAAAUGGAACUAAUAAAUUGGAUAACCUGUUGGGAAUGAAUAAGCCAGUGGGAGAUAAGAGAGGUCUAGGAUAUGUUGAGGGUAAUACACAUGUUGCUGGACCAUCUAAGACUGUCUUUGUGUCUGCCUCUAAGUCUAAUGCUGUUAGGAGUCCAAGUAAAGGUAAGAGUGUUCCUAGGGAACAGAGUCAUCAAUCACGUAGGAACAUCAGGACUAGGUACCCACAGACACAUACCUUUGAGCCUAGGUUCAUUCCCACCUGUCACCACUGUGGAGUUUUAGGACACACUAGGCCUAGAUGUUAA